AUGGAAAUAUCAGUUGCCUCGGUAACAGUUUCAGUGGCUAUACUUCUUGUGUCGUGGUGGGUAUGGAGAACUCUGAAGUGGGUUUGGUUUAAACCUAAGAUGCUUGAGAGUUACCUGAGAAGACAAGGCCUUGUCGGAACUUCUUACACGCUUCUUUUUGGAGAUGUGAAAAAGAAUUCCAGCAUGUUAAUGGAGGCGAGAUCCAAACCCAUCAAACUAACUGAUGAUAUUACAUCACGAGUUUUGCCUUAUCCCUUGCAAAUGCUCAAGACUCACGGAAGAACUUUCUUUACAUGGCUUGGACCUAUACCAGCCAUCACCAUAAUGGAUCCUGAGCUAAUCAAGGAAGUGUUCAACAAAAUCUAUGAUUUCCAGAAGCCCCAUACAUUCCCUUUGGGCAGAUUGGUAGCCCCUGGACUCGUCAGUUAUGAUGGUGAUAAAUGGGCAAAACACCGUAGAAUCAUCAACCCAGCUUUCCAUCUUGAGAAGAUCAAGAAUAUGGUACCUGCAUUCCACCAGAGCUGCAGCGAGGUUGUUGGCGAAUGGGACGAGAUAGUCUCCGACAAAGGGUCGUCAUGUGAGGUGAAUGUUUGGCCUGGUCUUGUGAGUAUGACUGCAGAUGUGAUCUCUCGUACUGCUUUUGGCAGCAGCUUCAAAGAAGGGCAGAGGAUUUUUGAGCUCCAAGCAGAAAUAGCACAGCUCCUCAUACCAGCUUUACGAAGAGUUUUCAUCCCUGGAUAUCGGUAUCUCCCAACGAAGGGUAAUAGAAGGAUGAAAGCAGCAGGUAGAGAAAUCCAAGUUAUACUGAGAGGGAUCAUUAACAAGAGGUUAACGGCGAGAGAAGCUGGGGAAGCACCGAGCGACGAUUUGCUGGGUACACUUCUUGAAUCAAAUGUGGGGCAAGGUAAAGGAAACGGAAUGAGCAUCGAGGAUGUAAUGGAGGAGUGCAAGUUGUUCUAUUUCGCCGGGCAAGAGACUACUUCAGUACUUCUUGUUUGGACAAUGGUUCUGUUAGGCCAACACCAAGACUGGCAGGCUCGUGCGCGAGAAGAAGUGAAGCAAGUUUUUGGCGACAAAGAACCCGAUACAGAAGGACUUAACCAGCUCAAAGUUAUGACGAUGAUAUUGAAUGAGGUCCUUKGGCUYUAUCCUCCWGUAYCCCAGAUGACCCGAGCCAUUUACAAAGAGACGAAGCUAGGCGACAUGACGCUACCAGGCGGCAUUCACAUCACUCUACCUAUUCUGCUAGUCCAACACGACACCGAACUGUGGGGAAACGAUGCAGCAGAAUUCAAGCCCGAGAGGUUCAAAGACGGUAUCUUAAAGGCAACAAAGAACCAAGUCUCCUUCUUGUCAUUUUCGUGGGGACCGAGGAUAUGCAUCGGCCAGAAUUUUGCCAUGUCGGAGGCAAAGAUGGCAAUGGCAUUGAUUCUACAAAGAUUCUUCUUUGAGCUAUCUCCUUCCUAUGUUCAUGCUCCUUACACAGUCUUCACCCUUCACCCACAGUUUGGUGCUCCUCUGAUCCUGCACAAGCUUUAA